AAAAGUAUUCAUUGAAUGCCAAGGAUAUAUUCUUAGUAUCUUUUAUCUCCUGGCCAUCCUUUAUAAUUUUUGUAGGUAAGCUAUGUCCCCUAGGUUUCAAAGUAAUAAGUUGCUUAAUUCCCUUCCAAGUAUUCUUGAUAUUCUUAUUAUUAGCAGCAAAGUAAUUCACAUAGUAGAUUUUUUUACUAAUACGUUGCAAAUGAUUUAAUUUAUUUCGAUAGCACUUGUAUUUAGAUUUAUAAUAUUCAUUUUUUGUUGAUAAAUAUUUCUUAUAAAGUUUAUUUUUCCUCUUAAUUGAUUUUCUAAUACCAGAAGUAAUCCACGGUUUUGACAUAGUUUUAACCUCAUUUCUAGAAAUUCUAGUUACAGGUGCAUGUCUGUCAACAACCUUCAAAAUCUCAGAAUGAAAUGAUUGAAAUAAAUUGUUAACAUUGUUGUCAUUUGGCAGUACAUUAUACCAAUCAAUAUUAGAAACAUCGAAACAUUCAUCUUUAAAAUUGGAGUAGUUUCUCUUAAACAAGUUCAAAUUAUUAUUUGGUAGUUCAGAUAUCUUGUUAAUAAUGAGAAAAUUUGGAAGGUGGUCACUAAUAUCACUUAAUAUAUUACCACUAAGAGUUAGAUGCUCCAGAGAAUUGAAAAAUAUAUUAUCAAUAAGAGUUGCAGUAUGAUCUGUAAUUCUUGUAGGUUUCAGAAUAUGUGGAUGGAAAUAAUAAGAGCCCAAAGUAUUCAUAAAAGUAUCAGUAUCGGGAUGUGUCUUAUAAUUUUAGAGGUUGAUAUUGAAAUCACCCAUCAUAAUACAAUAUUUAUUCUCAUUAUGAAUUUUUUCAAUUAUUGAAUAUAUAUAUUUUAAAGUCAUGUUUAUAUUUGCAUUUGGGUGUCGAUCGAUCAUAAAGACAACUUGAAAGAUCAUAAAGACAACUUCUCCAGUAACCCAACUUGCCGUCUAAUAAAUCCAACGAAGUCUGAAAUAGGCAAAGUGAGCAAAUGUAUCCUCGACAGAAUAAACAAAGACAUUAUUAACAAAACAGGCGUGAAACAAUGGAAGAGCACUAUAGACACUUUAAAUUGGUUUAACAGCAUCAACGGAAAAGUACGGCACUCGUUUCUUACAUUCGAUAUUGUAAAUUUCUAUCCCUCAAUCUCAUCCAAACUACUCGAGGACGCUCUCAAAUUCGCAGAAGCACACACAGAUAUUCCAGCCCAAGAAAAAGAAACAAUAUGGCAUGCAAAGCAAUCUCUCCUAUACAACGGCAACAUCGCAUGGACCAAAAAGAAUUCUUCAAACUCAUUCGAUGUUACGAUGGGCUCGCUUGAUGGCGCAGAAACGUGCGAAUUAGUGGGAUCGUACUUACUACACCAGCUUCCCGAGACCAUUAGAAAUCAAGUUGGCCUGUAUAGAAAUGAUGGCCUGGGAGCAUUUGAAAAUUCACCCCAAUGCCUCGAAAGAAUCAAGAAACAGAUUUGCAAAGUGUUCAAGGACAAUGGUUUGAAAAUAACAAUUGAUGCCAACAAAAAGAUCGUUAAUUUCCUGGACGUAACCUUAGACCUUAACAAAGGAACCGACAAACCGUAUCUCAAACCCAACAAUAAGCCACUCUAUGUUCACAAUGAGAGCAAUCACCCACCAAGCAUUAUAAGAAACAUCCCUCUAGCAAUCAACAAAAGGCUCAACGAACUUUCCUCAAACAAGGAAUCAUUUGACAAAGCAUCACCCGAAUACCAACAUGCAUUAGAGAAAAGCGGCUACAAUUAUGACCUAAAAUAUGAAGCAACCAACAACCAAGCUACAUGGAGAAGAUCUAGACGCAGGAAAAUUACAUGGAAUAAUCCCCCAUUUAGCAAAAAUGUCGCCACAAAUGUAGGACGCAAGUUUAGAAAUAUUGUGAAAGAAUCCUUCAAGAGCGGGCACCCACUGCAAAAAAUAUUUAAUAAAAACACAUUGAAAAUAAGUUACUCGUGCAUGCAUAAUUUAGAAAGAAAAAUCAAUACCCACAACAAAUCUAUCCUCAGAGAAAACCCACAACAAUCCGAAAGAAUGUGUAAUUGUAGAUCGAAACCCGAUUGUCCGCUAAAAGGAGAAUGCCCAGCCUAGUCCCAGGCUCUCUCUCUACUCGCUGCUUUGAUAUAUUUAAAUAAGUCUUAAAAGUUUUUUGCCUGGGUGGGCUGUGCGGAACGCUUCAGCGAGAGAGCCUAGCAAAUUUCGGUAAAAUGGUCCCUGAUUUCAAAUAAGUGGUCCCUGGCCUGGUUACCAAGCAUACCUCAUUUGUAAAUGGGAAAUGUUAUGGGAAUUUCUUUGCAUUUAUAAUUAAGUCAUCAGUUUUGCUCUAAUGCUGUCGGAACAAUAGUGUUUACUAAAAUAUCUAGCCAUAUUAAAUGCUAUCUAGAUGCUUGAAAAUUAUGCCGAGUCUCCGACUAAGAAUGUUUUGACAACACCGUCAUGUCAGGCAAAUAUUUCCAAUCUCAUCAGCAAUUUAAACCUGUCAAGUAGAAAGCGUAGUUGUGUAUACCAGUAUGGUCUAGUGUUGAUUACAACUUGCGAGUACAUAAAUAACAUCAACGAUUGCUCAAACUCGGUAUCGUAAAUUUAUAUAUUAUUUUUUUUGGUUGAGCACAUUUUUAAUACAGUUUGAUUUGGUUAUGUAGACAUCGAACAUGUACAUGACGAACGAACAUUGUC